AUGAAAAUUGAUUCACAUGAAAAGAGAACUUCAAAUAAAACUUGUAUUGAGCAAUAAAUCAAUAAAUAUGAUGAAAAUUAAUAAAAUAUUAGUUAUUUAAAUUGUGAUAAUAAGUUAUAAAAGUUAAUACUCUAAAGAGAUAGAUAAUACUUAAAAUUUAAUGACAAUAAUUAGUUUGAAUUUCAAGAUUUGUUUAAAUAAACUUAGAAGAAUAAGAUUUUAGGUGGAGGUAUCUGUGGCAGUAAAUAAAAAGUAAUUGCUGUGAAACCAGAAGAUUAGUAUUAACAAAUAAAAAAAGAAAUCAAACUUAAAAGUAUAAAAAAUUAGAGUUAAGAUGAUAGAAUGAAGGAAGAAUAGCGAAUUAAUAGAAAAUUUGAAAAAUUUAAUAAAUCAUAUAAUGAAUUUUUUGCGAUUAAAGAAGAUAGUAAUGUAGAAGAAAGCUUAAAUGUAUUAGAAACUGAAUCUUUGAAUUCUUAAAGAGAAGGAUUAGAUGAAGCUAAUAAGCACAUCGCUAUGCAAAUUAUUGAAAAAAUAGUUGAGGUUGCUAAAUUUGGAGCUGGAUUUGUCAGUAUUGCAGGUGCUAUCAAAAAUUUAACAGAAGUCGAUUUCAAUAAGCUGAAAGAUUUCAUAAAUGAUAUAAAAAAGAUUGCAGACAAAUUAACAUCUGAUGCUUCUGUAGGAUCUAUUAAGUAAGGGCUUGGUGUUUAUUCUAAUUACAAUAGCAAUAAUAUAUCCAACAAUAUGCUAUCUUUAUGGCUAAAAAAGGUUUAAUACAUGGGUGAGAAUCUUUCUGAUCAGAUUUUAGAAAUUAUUUUCUAUUUGGAAGAGUGUGAUAAAAUUAAAAGUAAUGACACUCGAUUAUUUGUUUAUAUGCAAUUGAACUAUUUGUUGUCCAAGUAGCAAAUAAAGGACAAUUUUGAAGAACUUCGUUAGAGAUUAGAAGGACAGAAUAAGAGAGAACUUAUUAUCAAUUAAUAGAAGUUUUUAUAAGUGGAAGAGUAUUCGGAUGGAAUUAUUGAUUUACUCAAAAGUGUAGCUAAUUUAAUAGCAUAGAGUCAUUAAUUUCGAUACAUAAAAGCUUAAUUACUUCUUCAUUUUGCUUAAAUCUUAUCAGUCAAACACUAAAACGAAUUUAAAGACAUGAUGAAUAAUAUCGUCUCAAAUUAUUUAAUGGAGAAAUAAAAAUCUGUUAAGAUUGUGAGUGAAUAUAAUUAAGUUAUGGCUGAGUUUAUUGAUAAUUAGCUUGAUAAAACUCAAAUUUUGAAUCAAAUUAGCCAAUAAAAAUAAUAAAUGACUAAGCAUUUAGAUGAUAAGUCAGACUUCGAUAACUUCGCAUAUGAUAUUUAGAAUUAAAAAGAUUUAGACAAGCAAUUAGCUAAAUAUUUUGUUGAAAUUUGGGAAUAAAGUGUCAAGCAAAGAUAGAAAGAUCUUGAAAUAACCCAUAAAGAUGAUGCUUUGCUAGAGGCUAUUCACUUGUAUGUUAAUUAAUAAAUAACGCAUUAAGAUGGCUAUAAAUUUAAAACAGAUGAAAAAGAUGCAGUGAAAUAAAUUUUUGACUAAUUCCUCAUCCCUAACUUUGUAUUUUCUUAAGAAGAAUAAAAAGUAAAUGACCAAGCCAAUUAAAUAUCAACAUGUAAAAUCAUAUCAAUAUUGGCAGAAGGAGGUUCUGGAAAAUCGAUGCUCUUGAAAAAAAUAGAAGUAGAAGUUCUGAAUGAUAAUUCAAAAUACAAAAGUGACAAUAGAACUGAUUUCAUACCAUUUAUAAUUAAAUGCAACUCAUUAGAUAAAGAAAAACCUUCAAUUGAAGAUUACUUAGAAUCUUUAAACAUAAAGAGAAAAGACAUUGAUAAUUUAAAGAAAUCCGAGAGAAAUAAACUAAUCAUGCUUGAUGGCUAUGAUGAAUAUACUGGUGAUUAUUUUAAGGUUUACCAAAAGUUAAAUCUCAAUGAAUGGGUGAAUACUCUAGUCAUUGUAACUUCUAGAUUAGAAAAAAUCACAGUCUCUGAUGCUAAAGUCUACUUUAAUUACUACGACAAUUAAGGAAACGUAAGUCAUAGUGAUUCAUAUGGAAUAUUCAAACUGGAAAAAAUAACAAACCAAGACAUUGAAGAUUACUUAUAGAAGUAUAAAAAUUAACAAUAAUCAGAAAAUUAAGUAGAUUUUGAUUUAGAACAACAUGAAAAACUUAAAAAAAUUAUUUUUAAUAAUAAUUAACUAAAUGAAUUGCUAAAGUUACCAAUCAAUUUGUAUCUCACAACAAGAAUGAUUUCAGAUAUUGACCUUAAAAACGAAAGAAUUUUGAACACUUUCUAGCAAGCUUCAGACUAAAUUGACAUUUAAGAGUUAUUUUUCUCUUAGCAAUUCAAAAAAAAAGCUCAAAUAUUUGUUCAAUAAUAAAAAUACCUUAUAUUAAAUGACAAACAAAGAUAAGCUAUAGCAGAAAAAGUAGAAUCUUGCUACUUUGAAUAUUUCCAAUAUAUCGCUAUGCAUAUGUUUAUUUAAAAAGGCUAAAAAUCAAACUUUCUUUCAACAAGUAGAGACUAGAUUAAAUUUAAUCCUAGUGAAGAAGUAUCACUUUUCUUCAAAUAAAAUAAAAUAGAUGAAAAUGAAAUUAUUUAGAAAUUAACUAAUUAUGUUGAUUCUAGAGUUAUUACAAGAAUUUAAUUGAAACUUGAAGGAAAAAACUCUAAAAAUUAGAAUAAAGAAAAUUAAAUUUAAAUGAAUAAAGAUAAAAUUGAAGAAAAUUAAUCAUAAGAAUUCGAGUUUAGACAUAAAUCUCUUUUUGAAUUCUUUGCUGCUAGAGCUAUGAAGUAUGAUUUUGACUUACAUAAAUAAAAUAUCUUUAAGUUAGACAUUUCCAAACUGAAACAAUUCAACAUUAACAAAAGAAUCAUCAUGAGCAGUGAAAAAAAUGCAUCAGAACAACAAAUUCUUAUAAAGCUUUAUAAACUUAUGAAAUCUGAUAUUCAAUCAUAAUUUUUCUACUAAACAUACAGCUUAGAAGAUAUAUCAAAGACAAAUAAAUACAUUUAAUAUCUAAAAAAGUCGAAAAUUUCGAAAAAUACAGAAAAGAGCUAAAUAGACAUUGGAACUUCUAAUUUAUUAUCAGCUCUGUUUCUUUCUAAAUUUUCAUAUCCUAAUUUGAUUUUAAAUAAAUGUUCGCUUUCCUUAGCAUAUAUUACUUCCCAAUCUCAAAUUCUAGCUGAGUUUUAGGAUUGCAAUCUAAGCGACUCUUUAAUUGAAAAUCAAAACUUAGAAAACUAUGAAAGUUCAAACACAAAGAAUGCAAUAUUUGAUGGUUUCUAAAAAUAAAUGGACUCAGAUAAUAUUUAUUAAUUUAACAAAGCAAUACUAUCAAAAAAUAAUCUUGUAUCUAUCACUGAGAGUGGUUUUAUUAAUAAAUUUGAGAUAGGUCAAAAAAAUUUCAAAUAAUUAUUGUCAAAGCAGAUUACUAAUACCUCAUUGAAAAAUAUUUAUUAUGAGAGCACAAAAAAUAUUUUUGUUGCUAAUACGAAAAAGUCUUUGUUUGAAAUAAAUUCCAAAACUUUUGAAAUAAUUUCCUCUUUCACAUUCGUAUCUCAUAUAUCAUGUUUAUCAAUCAAUAAAUCAUAAUAUUUUGUUAAUUUAAUUAACAAUUAAAUAUUUUAAGGGGAUUUUUAAAAAGGAUUCACGCUUUUAGACUAAAACAAAAUUCAAGCUGAAUCGUCAAUUUCGAUAAAGGAUAUAAUAAUCGCUUCUAAAAAUCAAGAAAUCAAUAUUUAUAAUUAACAAAAUCUUUAAAUUAUAAAAAACAUUUAAAAUUGCUCAUCUGAUCUGACAAUAUCUUCAAUUUCUAGCGAUGAAAAAUAUUUAGCAGCAGUUUCAGAAGAAAAAAAUUGCAUAAUUUUCAAUUUAGUAAAUGAAUUUGAUAUCUUAAAAACUAUCUAAACUGAACACACUAGACCUAUAACCUCAGUUGCCUUUUCAGACAACGGAAAAUAUCUAGCAACUAGUUCAAGUGAUAAUCAUUGCAAAAUCUGGAAUGUAAAAGAAGGAUUUGCACUCUUGCAUGCCAUUGAAACAGAAUAUUUAUAAAUACACUCAGUAUCUUUUUCAACUGACGGAAGAUAUCUCAUAGCCUGCUCAGCUGAUAAAACUUGCAGAAUAUGGGACUCAUAAUAAGAAUUCAAACUAGUAAAUAAGAUCGAAGGACAUACUUAGAAGAUUUCUUCAGUUACCUUUUCUCCGAAUGACUAGUAUAUUGCAUCUGGCUCUCAUGAUAAAACUUGCAAAAUUUGGAGUAUAAAAAAUGGUUUAGAACUCGUAAAUAAAAUUGAAGGACAUACUCAUCCUGUAACAUAAGUAGUUUUUUAGGCAAACAAUAAAUAUUUAGCAACAGCUUCAGAAGAUUAAACUUGCAAAAUUUGGAAUAUUGAAAAAGGAUUCUCACUGCAUCACACACUUGAAGGAAAUAAUUCUGAAAUUUCCUCAGUUACAUUUUCUGCAGAUAGCAAAUAUCUAGCUACAGCUUCCUUUAACAGUCUUUGUAUAAUUUGGGAUGUAGAUAAAGGAUUUUAACUUCUUCAUUCAAUUAAUGCACAUGGUUAAAAAAAAAUUUUCUCAGUUGCUUUUUCUUUUGAUGGUAAAUUAAUUGCAACAGGUUCUGAAGAUUAAACUUGCAAAGUAUGGAGCAUCGAAGCUGGAUUUAAAUUAAUAAAAACUCUUUAGGGACAUAUUUUUUAGAUUUUUUAAGUGGCUUUUUCUCCAAAUGGUAAAUAUCUUGCAACUUGCUCUUAAGAUAGUACCUUUAAGAUCUGGAAUGUAGAAAAAGGAUAUGAACUUAUAGACACAAUUAAAGCACAUUCUAAUUUUGUUUACUCCGUUGUAUUUUCUGCAAAUAGUAAAUAUCUUGCAUCAUCUUCAAAUGAUGCGACAUGCAAGAUUUGGAAUGUGGAAAAUGGAUUCUAACUUGUUAAUGUCAUCCAAAAACAUACAAUUUGUAUUUAUUCAGCUGCUUUUAGUCAAGAUGCAAAGUAGCUCAUAACAGGCUCUGGUGAUACCACUUUUAAGAUUUGGAAUUUAGAAAAAGGAUUUGAGCUCAUAAAAAUGGAUGAGAAGCACACUUAUGUAAUUUCCUCAGUUGCCUUUUCCCCAGAUGGUAAGCUUCUCGCAACUGCAGAUAAUAACUUUUUCAAAAUAUGGAGUACAGAAAGAGGAUUUGAGCUUAUAAAUAAGAUUGAAGCCUAUAAAUUAUCAAUUAAAUAUCUUGCUUUCUCUCAAGAUGGUAAAUAUUUAGUAACUUAUUCAAAUAGUUAAACUAUUAAAAUCUGGAGCGUAGAAUAAGGAUUUAAAUUUCUACAUAACAUUUAAGGAAGCGCAAGAUUAAUUACAUCGAUUGCUAUUUCCCCAAAUAGCAUGCUUCUUGCUGCAAGUUCAAUUGAUUAAACUUUCAAAAUAUGGAGCACUUAAAAUGAAUUUUAACUUAUUACUACAAUUGAAGCAUUUGUUAAUUUCACUUCAUAAUUAUAUUUUUCAUCAGACAGUUAAUAUCUAGCCGUAUCAUAUAAUAAUAUUUGUAACAUAUUUAAUGCAAAGGGAUAAUUUGAGCUAAUACAUACUAUUUAAGCACAUAGCUCUUAGAUCAAAUCAAUCACUUUUUCUUAAGAUGGCAAAUAUCUUGCAACUUGUUCAUCUGAUACAACUUGCAAAAUCUGGAAUAUAAAAGAGGAAUAUAAUCUCGUCAACACGAUACAAGGACAUGCUUAAACAAUUAACUAUAUUGCUUUUUCUGCAGAUAGCAAAUAUCUUGCUACGACUGACGACACAACUUGCAAAAUCUGGAAUGCAGAAAAUGGAUUUUCACUCAUAAGUAUAUAUAAUGGUAAUGAUUAAAGUAUUUUAUCAAUUGCAUUUUCUUCCGAUAACAAGUAUUUAGCAAUAGGUUCUGAUGAUAAAACUUGUAGAAUAUUGAAUGUUCAAAAGGAGUUUGAAAUAAUGAAUUUAAAUGAAUUAGAGGAUAGCGAAAUUAAAUCAGCUGCUGUUUCUUAGCUUAAUAGUUAACAAAAUAACAGUCUUUUAGAUAAAUUAGCUAAAAAUAAUAAAAUUUUCUAAUAAAUUUAUUGCCUUUGA